AUGGGUCGCAAGAAGAAGAAGCCGCCAAAGCCAUGGUGCUGGUAUUGCAAUCGCGAGUUUGAAGAUGAAAAAAUUCUUGUACAGCAUCAAAAAGCGAAACAUUUCAAGUGUCACAUAUGCCACAAAAAGCUCUUCACUGGCCCCGGGCUCGCCAUUCAUUGUAUGCAAGUGCAUAAAGAGACUGUCGACAAGGUACCGAACUCCAUUCCGAGCCGCUCAAGCGUGGAGAUCGAAAUAUAUGGCAUGGAAGGCAUACCUGACGAAGAUCUCAAAGCUAGGCAAAGUGCGCUGAUGGGUGAAGAGCCGGAAAAGAAGCGAAUGCGGAUGGACGGCAUGAACCCGUACAUGAUGCCGAUCCCGACUGGCCCGAUUGCCGGUACCAUCAUCCCGCCACCGCUUCCCGUGGCCACUCCGCCAGUGCCCAUAAGCAAGCCAUUGUUCCCUGCUGCGACGGAGACUCCGACGGCGGACGUGCCCCAAAUAGUCACGGCGACGGCGAAUUCCAAGAUUGUGCAUCCCACGGACGAUAUCUCAUUGGAGGAGCGGAAAAGCCAGCAGAGAAAGUACGCGAAGGCGCCUCCGCCAGCCCUGCCACCGCCAGGGAUUGCUCCGCUGCCGCCAUCAUUCGUUCCCGGGGCGCCGAAUGGAAACCCCGGUUACGGAAUGCCGCCGCAAAUGAUGGUUGGAGGGUACGGGAUGAUGCCAGGGAAUCCGUAUAUGGGAAUGAUGAUGCCGAAUCAGGGUAGAUCCUCAAGUGAAAAUUACAACGUGAAUAGUGACACGUCAGUGGAAGAAAGUAAAACUCGGGUUGUGAAAAAUACGCGUGGAAAUAGGGAGAUGGCUUCUCCCGAAGACAUGUACUACUCUGACAAGUAUACUGACGAGUAUUACGAAUAUAGACACGUUAUUCUACGGAAAGAAGACGGUGCCAAAGUACCGCGGAAUCAUCGACUCACUGAGACUGAAUGGCGGAAUCUCGGAGUUCGCCAAUCCCCAGGAUGGGAGCACUACAUCUUCCACGAACCUGAGCCCUACAUUUUGUGCUUUCGACGUCCGUUGGAAAAGUAG